CCAAUUAAAAUCUCACCAAAUCAAUCGAUGGCAUUAAGCCGUUAACUCAUAAAACACCCAUCAAUUGUUGUGUAUGUGUCCACGAUUGUCUGUUAUCCGCAGUGACAUUGAACAAUAGAGUCUGAGCAGACGUACGAGAGAGCGCGGGCCUAAAUUCCCCCCGAGUCUCAGUUACCGAAGCUGAGUCAAACUGGAGCUGACGUGUGCGUGAGCUCUCCCGCGCGUUUUCUCGUAGCAGUACUCUACAACAUGGACUUACAGCCGUAGAACGAGAUGACAAACUGUUUUUCUUAUGUAUUCUUAUUUUGUGUCGUCUUUUUUGGAAAAUUAAUUCUAGUUUUCUGUGAUUCAGACCAGUGCUUUGAAUUCUGCAACUCCAUAGAGAUAAUUUCUGGUCCGGAAGUAAAUGAUUUGUAUUGUAACCAUGCGUGCAAAGUGAAGCAGUGUCAGUGGGGAUGUGAGCACUAUAAAGUAGGACCUGACUCUACCUGUCAGGACACCUGUACUGAGGGAUGGACAGAACAGGGGAACAGUACAAGCAAAGCCCGAAGUCUACAACAAGAGGAGAGCCAGUACUGCAGUGAAGGAUGCCUAAGAGCUCUGAAGACAUAUGCUGACCAAAUUCGAGCCCAAAUACCUCCCCUGCCAGUCCCGGAGCUGAAGAAUGGAAGGAAGAGCCACUCGUCCGUGGUGCUUCACUGGAACACUGCGCGGCUGCCCAACAUCACAUAUUACGUCCAGGCCCGCAUGCCAGACACCGCCAGUAGCUGGGAAAUCUGCAGCGCCACCUGGCUAGAAGGAGGGGACAUAAACGUCACCAAUCUCAGACCGUUUGUCACGUACAAGUUUCAGAUCCUGUUGGUGAUCACUCCUAGGGAUUUCUUGUCCAGCAACGAAUCGGAACCGAUUACCACAGAACCUUACGGAGCUCCCUCUGAGGCUCCACAUAUUUCUGAUGUUUCAUCACCCACACCAACUGUAAUCACCAUAACCUGGAAACCACCCAUGUAUACCAAUGGACAGUUGCUAGGAUACUACCUAACCUUGACCCCUGUCACCCCCCAGAGCAAGGACAAGAAGAGGACGAUCAGAGAGGUGCCACCAGACACCACCCAGUGGACGUUCAGGCAGCUGAAGCCUGCCCAGGUGUAUCUAGUCAAUAUAUCGGCAACCAACUCAGCUGGAAAAGGCCCAUCCGCCUCUGUAAAUGUAACAACCCCAGGUCCCGGAAAUCUAUCGACUGAGGAUGACCCAUUUCUGGUCCUCGCCCAGGACAACAAGGUGGUCAAACAAAACAUGAAGCUCCUCAUAACCUCUGACCCCGAGACACUCUCAACUUUGACCCCUCCUGAUACAAAGGUUAAAGGCAUAGCCCUGAGUAUUGAUAAACAGAUUUUGUAUGUGAGUGAUUCCAGUAAGAAUAUCUCAGUUCUGAGGACGGACAGCCAGGGUCAAUCUCAGGUCAUCUUCUCGGAACUCGCCGACCCCUCAGGCAUCACGCUCGACUGGCUCAGGGACGUACUGUAUGUGGUAAACCGGCUACAGAUUUACUGCUGUGUUAUCCAGACAGACACCUGCUACCCCGCGACCGCGGAGCUACCGGCCGUACCGGCCGACAUCAAGGUCGAUCCUAUAAACGGGUAUCUAUACUUUACUCUAAGUGUGGGACAACAAGGGCUGUACAGAGUUGAUACCGGUGACAUCACGUCCCUAAACCCUGCCCCCUUCAGUCCGAUCCUCACCGACAACUUCCUGUCAUUUACCCUGGACUUUAACAACAUCCUCAUCUACUUCCCCGACGAGACCCAGAAUUCAAUGCGAUCGUCAUCGCUAGACGGCAGCGACGUCACUGACAUCAGAAAGAGCAGGACGGUGCGGCCGGAAUUCCAGAAUAUUGUCAGUAUGGUGUACUAUGAUGAGCUGUUUUACUGGACCAACGGGAAAAAAGUGAUGAAGGAGGAGUAUAACGCAGUCCAGGAUACGUACUAUCAUAACCAGGCACUGAUGUUUGCCAGUCACUUCUCAGCACUGAACGUGUUACACCGGAGUAUGCAGCCAAAACCAGUUCCUCACAGUGCUCCCCAUUCACUGCAGGCUUUAUUCAGAACUGUUGAUGUUUUGUUGUCAUGGGAACCACCAAAAAGACUGAAUUACCAAGGCAAGGGAGCAUGGAACAACUGGUCCUACGACAUUGAGUUACUGGGAAAAGAUGGCAGACAGAGACAGCUGGUAUCAAACGUACGACAAACCUCGCUGACCUUGUCUAACCUUGAGUCUGACACCACAUACCAGGUCAAGGUCAGAGCCAAGUCUGAGAUUGGUACAGGACCAUGGUCGACCUUGUAUACAGGGAGAACUCUGACAAAAGAUGCCAUUACAGCCCGUCUAGUGAUGAUAGAACCUAACCGAUUUGGUGGAGGCAUGCUAGUGGAAACUGAUACACUGGGAGAGAACUGGAGAAAAUUAACAAUAGUUAGAGGCAGAGUGAGGGACAUGACGUGGACCCCCUUCACUGUUUACAUGGUGACAGAGGCAGGAGAUCUGCUGUAUUACCAGCAAGGAAGCUUUGCUCCCUUCAGAGAAGACGUCCCGAGUCUGGUCAGUGUGGCGUAUGAUUGGCUGGCAGGAAAACUCUACAUGUCACUGUCAACCAAUCCAGGAGUGAUUAAAAGGGCAAAUCUUUCUGACCUGAAGAAACAGGAAUUUGUGAUACAAGGCCUGGCAAGUCACAUGACCAUUGACUCCAUAAAUGGCCGUCUUUACUGGGUGACAGAGAACAGCGUGGAAUCCUGCCUUCUAAAUGGAGAGCAGCACAUCAAACACUUCUUUAUUCCGUACUUCUCAGGGAGCAAGGUCAUCAGUCUGACCUUGAACUUUGACCUCAAGAAGGUGCUGUGGUAUGUAAAGAGUUAUGAUCGUCAGGAGCUGUAUAUGGCUGAUUUGAUCCAAAGAGAGGAGAUGGGUGGAUCUAACCAAUAUCGCCUGAUUGGCACGGUCAACUCUAUUGCCAAUGACUCUGUGCUACAGUACCACUUUCACCGGUUAUUCUGGCAAAAUGCUGACCAGCAGGUCAUCCUGGGGGAUCUAGAUGUCAAUCACACAUCAGUGGUCACUCAGAGAGGGGUGUCCAUCUUCCAGGUCCAGCACCCCUCACUUCACCCCUACCCAGAGGGACUAAAUGAGACAACAAUUCGGGUGAUACCCAGUGUGAUUGACCCAGACAGCAUUACCUGUAGUGGACGUUGGUCAAAAUUCAACAUCUCCUGGAGUCCUGCCUCUGUUAACUAUGGGAGUCUGAACUACGAGGUCUCUAUCGACUCAGACACUGCUGUUAUUAUGAAAACAGAGAAGACUUGGUUUGAAGUUGAGGGGAUUGCACCCUAUAGUGAGUUGACAGUGAAGGUGGCGGGAUACACGUAUUGGGGGUACGGGAAACCCUCUACUGCCGUCAUCAGGUCCCCCAUGGCAGCACCAUCUAAGCCCCUGACCCCCCGAGUGUUUGUCAAUCAGCGUAAAGAAUCCUCGGGGUCAGAGACCUGUAUGGGAGCCUCUUUUAGGUGGGAGUCACCGGAGCGUGACAACGGGAUCAUUAACCAGUACAUAGUGACCUACUGGAAGACCGGGUCCAAUCAGCUGAUCAAGAAAGCCCUGGCCUCGACCGCCCGACACUUCUCACUGGACACCUGUCUACAGAACAACUACACCUAUAACUUCCAGGUACAAGCCUGCACCUAUGAGGGAUGUAGUGAAAUGACGGAGAUCAAACAGGCUACAGCAGAGGCUCUGAAUCCAGUCCCUAAGAUCCUCCUGGCUGACACGACUAAUAUCCAGGUGAUGGACGUAGACAGUACCCACAACGUCCACACGGUGGUCACCGGGGCCUCGCCGUUAGCCGUGACCUACCUACAGGUGUCUCAGGAUGACCGGGUGUUCUGGGUGGAUUACAACAGUCAAUUAUGGCAGUACUCUGCUGCUCAUGGAAGAAAAAAGUUGCUGGAUUUAGGGAUGGCCUUCACCAUACAGGACAUGACUAUAUAUAGCAGGACUUAAAAAUUUUUCUGUACACACAAAAUCAACUACUGCAGCAGAAAAUAAUAUAUUUUAAGCCAUGAAUUAAUAACUACUGAAGGUGAGUUUGACUUUAAUUACUAUGUGUUAUUUUUCAGCACCCUGUUUUGGACUGAGUGACCUGUCUCUAGUUUGACAUUACUGUUAUUUUUCAGCACCCUGUUUUGGACUGAGCAGCAUCCCUCUGGUCUCCACAGUGAGCUGUUUUUCUGUCGGGAGGGAGGGGACCCCAACCCCAUGUUCUCCCCCAGGUCUCGGAGAUCUCUUGAUGCACCCUGUAACUGUACAGUGUCAGUAGUAGGGGACGUGAUAGCCCUGGACCACACCAAGGGGACAGAACUGGAGAUAUUGAUCUAUGACACAGCGUCCAGGGCUAUCAUUGCAUCAGAUACACAGGGCUGUCACUGUAGGGAGAUUAUAAAAAAUGCACAAGGUUUUCCUCCUGACUUGUUGUCUGUGGAUCACAUGCUGAUAUACUGGUACCGAAAAAGUGAGAACCAGUUAACAUCCCUGGACAAGGUCACAGGCAAGGUCACCCAGAUACCAGUAGACAGCGUCCGGAGUAUAGAGGCUUACGGCUCACACCUGCAACCCCUACCCAGUGACGAGUGCCUGAACCCUGAGGCUUACAGCGGGAAUCUGAGUUUGACAGGGAGUAGGAAUGUCUCCCUUACCAUUCACUUAGACAGCGUAACAUGGCCAGACUCAUGUAAUGGAAUAUCUCACCCAGCCACUAAAUACAUUGUGUACUACACACAGUCAGACAGACAGGGCCAUAGCUGUCACUUAAACAGUCCAGACUGCAAAAAAUCUGAGAGUUACAGUAAUGAGAUUACACUGACAGGCCUUGACCCCUACACUCUAUACACUGUACAUGGAGCUGUCAGUAAUUACUACACAGAAUACCUGUCCAAGGCCCUCAGUCAGCCAUUUUACUUCAGAACAAAGGUCGGAGUACCUACCCCACCCACACAAGUGAAUGCCACAGUGGAUACCCCCAUCACCAUCAAAGUCUCGUGGUCAGCCCCGGUCAGUCCUAACGGUCCUCUAGAGGAUCUGAAGUACAUGGUCAAGUACUCAACUCAGAUCAACAACCAGCACCAGGUGGUCAACCGAACGGUCAGGGUGGAGCCAGACGCUGACCAGAGGUACAGCUACAACCUGACUGGACUCCAGCCGGGACACAGCUACGAGGUCAAGGUGUUGUCAGGUAACUUGGAAGGUGUGUUCUCUACAGAGAGUCUACCUGUGAAGGUGAAGACGUAUGAGAAUCCCGGCCCCAUCCUUCUGUUAAAUGCCUCCCAUGACACCCUCAGGAUUUCCUGGACCCCACCCCCAGAUAACAGCAGCCACAUGCACCUCUUUUACUACGGCAAGGUUCUGGAGCAGGGCGUGGAGUUGUGGAACCAGUGGGACAAUAAUGGCUUCCCUAAGAGGACCGAGGUCUCCAAGACCUACAUCAAAAACUUCACCAACCUGGAACCCAACACAAAGUACGCCUUCAAAGUGAAGCUGAGUUACCGCGGGUCACGGAACGCCCAAUUCUUCUGGCCUACUAAUGACCUCAAAUUUGUGUUCAGAACCAAAGCUUAUGUUCCUGGUACUCCAUCGAUUCCAGUUAUAAAUGAACUCAGUCCUGGUUACCAGGUGGAAUGGCAGGUGCCCCGGGACAAUGGAGAGCCUAUACUGAACUACACACUGCAAUGCUGUGAUGAGGAGGACUGUCUUAUUGUGUACGAGGGUAAUCAGACCAGAUGGUUAGUGGACACCUCCCACCUCCCCCAGAAUCGCGACCUCUAUUUCAGUGUGGCCGCCACAAACAUCCUAGGUCAAGGUCCCUUUAGUGCAAAUAGUUCAGCAUUUAAUUAUAGUGAUGAUCGUGUCCCUGUAGACAACAUGACGGUACUGGCUGUCAUUCUAUCCUUUGUGUUCGUUUUCAUUCUGGGAGCUUUUGUUAUUGUUUACUGUUUGAUAAGGAGACAGCAGCAGUUAAAACAGAAGCCCGCCCAUUUUGUCCCGGUGGCUCGGGGACCUGACAUGGAGCUAGCCACGCUCCGAGAUUUACCAGCGACCACUGUACUGCAGAAUAACACUUUGUACACCAUCAACAUGGUUCCUACGGACAGUGACAUUGCGGCCCUCCCACACUUCAGGCGAGACCAGCUGAUGCUUACCAAGUUUCUGGGGAGUGGGGCAUUUGGGGAAGUGUUUGAGGGCGUGGCUAAAAAUAUCCUUGAUGACAACUCAGGAAAAACCAAAGUAGCUGUUAAAACCCUGCGUAAGAGUGCCUCUGACCAGGAGAAGGAGGAGUUCCUGAAGGAAGCCCUCCUGAUGUCCAACUUCAAACAUGACCACAUCCUGGGUCUGCUGGGCGUCUGUCUGGACAACGACCCACAAUUCAUCAUCCUAGAACUGAUGGAGGGGGGCGAUCUCCUGUCAUUCCUCAGAGCUAAUCGCCCUUCAGCGAUGAAUUCCAUGUACCUGAGUCUGGCGGACCUGAUGAAGAUUUGUGUCCACGUGGCCAGGGGCUGUACAUACCUGGAGGAAAUGCAUUUUGUACAUAGAGAUUUAGCAGCAAGAAAUUGCCUUGUGUCUUCAAAAGAUCCCAGAAAUAUGGUUGUGAAAAUCGGGGACUUUGGCCUUGCCCGAGAUAUUUAUAAGAAUGAUUAUUACAGAAAGGAAGGGGAGGGGCUACUUCCUGUCCGAUGGAUGUCUCCCGAAUCUUUAGUGGAUGGAGUUUUUACUACACAAUCAGAUAUAUGGGCGUUUGGGGUGUUGAGUUGGGAGGUGUUGACCUUUGGACAGCAGCCGUACCAGGCACGGACCAACAUCGAAGUUUUACACUUUGUAAGGUCAGGAGGUCAACUGGACCAGCCAGAAAAUUGUCCACAGGACAUAUUUGAGUUAAUGAAGAAGAGCUGGAGCACAGCUCCAGAUGAGAGGCCGUCGUUCUCCACGAUUCUGAAGCAGCUGGAGGAAUUCCAUGAAAACUGUGCCGUCCUGCUGACCGACUACAUCGUCCCCGUUAGGUCAAGGUCACCCAAUCCUGACGUUGUUAGAUGUCGUGAUUCCUACCUGUACGGCCAUUUUGCUCCUCCCACCCUCCGCUUUGCUCCUCCCACCCUCCGCUUCUGUGGCAAUAGUAGUCCCGACGAAGGCUUCUUAGGCGAGCAGAUAGCUGCUUAUCUCCAUAACAAACAGAUACAGGAGCAGCGCGACGCUCAGCGUUACUCUCGCAUGGAUGUGGUGCAUGAAUACGUAGAUGUGAAUGUUGUAGAACUGGAUGGCUCCUAUUUUACUUAUAAUCCUGUGUUUAACAUUGAGAAGGCACACCCAGAAACACAAAUCACAACAGUUGGCGUAGUCGAGGGGAAGUCCAUCCGUCCUCUGUUAACAAGGUCACGCGGGAUGAAAGUGCCUGGUUGCUUCCCCGAGACUCGAGCAAAGCGGACAAAACGGCCGAAUCUGAAGAUCUCAUUACCUUCACCUGAGCUUUUUGGGGAGACAAAGGGAUUGUAUCGUAAGAUUCACAGGGCGACUUCAUUUGACUCUCCAGAACCGCGGGAAACGGAGGUAGACGAGGCUAUGCUGGACUAUCUUAACCCCAAACUCGACGGGGGGCCCUCGUAUCUCCAGAUCAUUAGCGACCCUAGUGACCCCCCUCCACCCACUGUCCAUUCCAAGUCACGCCUAUCAUCUCAUAACAGUCAUCACACUUCACUGAACAGUCGCCAUAACUCACAGAGCAGCCAAUCAAACAGCAGGAAACAACGCACCGAAUCUCAGAGCAGUCGCCACAGUUCUGCGUCCACAGAUAUUUAUUCCAGUCCAGUCGGGUCGAACCUUAACCUUGACCUACCGUCCACAAACAUUGGUAAAAACUGUGAGUAUGAACAAAUCCAUUCCGUAGAAUCAAUAAGUGGAAGAUACGCACCUUAUAUGGCCGCUCCUCCCAGCAUUCCAGAGGACGAUGAUGACGCCUUCCCAGAGGGGUACGAUUACGUGGAUUAUUCACAUCCCAAAGUUCCCAGAAAUGCAGCGUAUUCCGUGAUUCGUGGAACUCUUCAGUGUUUAAGGAAUGGUUACUCCAAGCAAGGUUACAAUGCAAUGGACAUCAACUCAAACAACCAUUUAAACAUUCUGAACAAUAAUCUUCCCAGCAUGCACCAGGAGGUGGACAAUGGAGGGACGUCACUAGGACAAGCUUAUCCGGUGGAUAACGCAAUGUUUGACUUGAAUGACCUUGUACAGGCUAGUUUUGUAUGACCUUUGUAUGACCUUGUACAAGUCUGUUUUAUAUGAAUGUUUUUAUCUGUUCUUAUUGAUAUUAAAUAUUGUACCAAUAUUCAUUGCUGACUGAAGGGCAAAUGUACAUAAUCUUUAUAAAUGUUUGAGACUAAUUUGAGACAUAUUCCUGGAGAUAUGGAAUUGUUAUUAUUUUGUUGUUUUGUACUGAUAUAACUGCCACAAUGAAUGCUGCAUAAUAUACGUGGAUAGUGUUGCAUCAUAUUAAGAAAUAUUUUACAAUGUAUUACUACAAUUCUGUGAAAAUGUCAAAUAGAAAAAUCAUGCUUCAACACAGUAAAAGUAUUUUCUGCUUUCUAAAAGCUAUUUCUCUUUCAUAAACAUAGCCAAAACAAA